UAUUGAGGCGGCUGCUGCAUUGAAACUGUAAAUCAGAGCUGAGAGGCACGAAUAACAAUGAAAUUGAAGGAAUUUGAAAGUUUUCUCCAGCAAGUUGAUAUAUUUGAAGAACCAAAGAUAUGGCUCGAGCAGUAUCCAACUAGGCCACAUAUUGCAGCUCGAAUGCUGCAUACUAUUGAGGCAAGCUAUGGAGAUAUUAGUGGUCAUCUGAUAGCAGAUCUUGGUUGUGGCUGUGGGAUGUUGAGCAUUGGAGCUGCAAUGCUUGAUGCAGGUCUGUGCAUAGGGUUUGACAUUGACCAAGAUGCUCUGGAGAUCUGUCAGAGGAACUGUGAAGAGUUUGAGCUUCCUUGCAUUGACACUGUCCAGUCUGACCUUACCAAGAUGGAGGCAGGGCCUUGGAGCAAAAAGUUUGACACGGUCAUCAUGAACCCACCCUUUGGAACAAAGCACAACAAAGGGAUUGAUUUGCAGUUUGUACAGCUGGGUUUGGAGAUGGCGACAAAGUCUGUCUAUUCUUUACACAAAACAUCAACAAGGCAGCAUAUUCAGAAGAAAGCUGUGCAGUGGGGUGUGGAUUGCGAGGUUGUUGCAGAGUUGCGGUUUGAUUUGCCCUCGUCCUACAAAUUUCACAAGCACUCCUCUGUAGACAUAGAAGUGGACUUUGUACGCUUCUCCUUUCCGACACUCCCGACCGGUCAUCAGAGAAGUGGUCAUCAUAGCAAAGGACACAAGAACAAGGCAUCCGGCACAUGACAUAGAAUGAAAUGAAGGAUUCAAAGAGAUGGACACUGGACAGUGCAAUGUGGCUCUGUGGUUUAUGGCAUUAAUCUCCUUAGUGGAAGGACAGAGGUUCAAAUAUGAAGAACAGAAGAAGAAGAACAGAAGAAGAAGGCAUCCGACACAUGACAUAGAAUGAAAUGAAGGAUUCAAAGAGAUGGACACUGGACAGUGCAAUAUUAGCUCUGUGGUUUAUGGCAUUGAUCCCCAGAGUGGAAGGACAGAGGUUCAAAUAUGAAGUCAGUGUGGUACUAAAUGACCAAUUUCCCAGUCCCUCUAGUAGAACUGAAGGGAAUUCCACCCUCGAUGUUUAUGAAAGGAAGCAGGAGCACCGGAGAAAAAUUGCAAGAACAGAUUGCAAAAGUUAAGAAAGUAAUCAUAUUUUCUUGAUCACCCACGGAGUACCCAUAAUCAUUUGCACCCUGGAGUAGUGAACUACAUGUAUAUGGGUCUCUUGGCCAAAUAUCAACCAUCCUGUGUCUAAAUUUUGUAAGCCAAUGAAGUGAGUGAGCAAAUAAUUUUUUUUUUCCACCAUAGAAAAAAAUGUUGAUUCAUCAUUAGAAUACACCAAAUACGAUAUAAAAAUUAAAUUUGGGCACGUUGCUGCUCGAACUUCAGGUGAUGGUUGCCCGAAUAUUGGAACUGAAAAUCACAAACAAUCAAACAGUAGAGCUGUGCGAUUAAACUUGGAUAGGCUUAAUCUUCUUUUCACUUCUUCCUCUAAUGGGUGCCAAGUUAAGCGACCUACUCAAACGCAGACCAUGUAGAGAUUAAGGCGCCGACUACCAUUAAUCAAGUCCAUUCACUUACAUGUACGUGUAGUUGUCCAAAAGAAGACCUAGAUGGCGUUAACCAGAAUUUGCUAAGCUACACUCCCUUUAACAGAACUAAAAAGUGUUUUAUAUGAACUGAUGAACAGAACAGAGUGACUUCGUAACAUUGUUGAAGGUUGAUGAACAAAUUGCGUAUUUUUUUUAAUGAAAUGUUACUUAUUAUAUUCCUUCUACUGUACUAACCCUCUAAAACGCCCCAAAUUCUCAAACCAUAGAUAUCUAUGGUUUUCUUUGAAGGUGUCACUGUGCAGCACCUUAAUUAAUUAACAGUACAUUCUCCCAAUCAUUUUUGAAUUUUCCCAACCAUAUUUGAAUUUUCCCAACCUUUUUUCCAUGAAACUAAGACCUAAAACAGGCUUUUAAAAAUAUUUCUACACUUAUAAUUUCUGGAAUGGUAUAUAGAGCCAAUUCAUUGCUUUGUGAUGAUUUACAUUCACCUAAAAUGUAUUAAAUUGUAAUAAUAUAGUUGGGAGAAUUAACGACGCGAUCAGAUCAGUUUUUCCCAAUUUCUAUCACUAAAAAUGGUCCGUUUUUCACUCAAAUUUUCAGAUUAUCUCCAAUUGUACAUACAGCAUUGAGGUCACUACCUUAGCAACAUUUUCCUCUCAUCUGAACAAUGUUCGUUAGUCCCUUGAAAGUGUUGAAAAAAAAAAUUGAAUUUCAAAGGUUUACAAUGAGAAUAAAAGGCAAGAUUUAUAAGACUCGUC